CGCUUGGACACAGCUUUGUUGGGAACAGGGAUGGAACAACAUGUCAGGAAGCGCUUGACCUUCCUGACCUCCUUGUGGAACAAACUCUGGCCAAACACCGUCUCUGCUGACAGGCCCUCACAGGGGGAUUUUGCGCCUGAUCUUGUCGCCCUGCGGCCAGACCUAGAGCCAGAUCCUGUCCUCCCCAGCUCCUCUCUCUUUAGUGCGCUGUAUGAUUUCAGAGCCAGGAGUGCAGAGGAGCUGAGCGUCAGCCGAGGAGACAAACUCUGUGUCCUCAAAGAAGAGGGGGAAUAUGUCUUAGCCAGGAGGCUUUCGGGGGAACCAGCGCUGGGCUACGUCCCUACUAAUUACGUGGCAAGGAUCAACAAGGAAACCUCCCAUCGGCUCUGGUACUUCAGUGGAGUCAGUCGAAAUGAGGCCCAGCAGCUCCUUCUCUCACCGCCCAAUCAACACGGCUCCUUCCUCAUCCGUGACAGCGAGAGUAGCCGGGGGGAGUAUUCUCUGUCAGUCCGUAAUCAUGCUAAAGUCAGUCAUUUCCGGAUCUGUAAGGAGCCCGACGGAGGUCUGUACAUACAAAAGGGACACACUUUCCCCAACAUGGAGGAACUGCUCACCUUUUACACCAUAAACUGGAAAGUUGUACAGAGCCCCUUGUUACAGCCUUGCAUCCCUAAGACACCUCCAAUGAGAGAUGCAUGGGAACGGCCCCGUUCAGAAUUCACCCUCGGGAGGAAACUGGGGGAAGGAUACUUCGGAGAGGUGUGGGAAGGAUUGUGGAAGAACAUGGUCCCAGUUGCCAUCAAAAUCAUAAAACAAGCUGACAUGAAGGCGGAAGACUUCACCAAAGAGAUUCAGAACCUGAAGCGGCUGAAGCACGAGAGGCUGAUCCAGCUCCAUGCAGUCUGCUCUGUGGGCGAGCCCCUGUACAUCGUCACCGAACUCAUGAGGAAAGGCAACCUGGAGAGCUACCUCAGCGGUCUGGAAGGGAGGGCUCUGAGCACACUCCACCUGAUGAGCAUUGCUUGCCAGGUGGCCGAUGGGAUGACGUACCUUGAAGAACAGCACAUUGUUCACAGGGACUUGGCCGCUAGGAACAUCCUUGUGGGAGACAACCUCACCUGCAAAAUCGCCGAUUUUGGACUCGCCAGGCUCCUCAAGGACGAUAUUUAUUCCACCAGCGGCAGCACCAAAAUCCCAGUGAAGUGGACAGCACCAGAAGUAGCAAACUACCACACCUACUCACUGAAAUCUGACGUUUGGUCCUAUGGGAUCCUGCUCUAUGAAGUCUUCACGUAUGGGCAGACCCCGUAUGAAGGAAUGACAAACCAAGAAACCAUACAGCAAAUCAGCAUGGGCUACCGCCUCCCCCGGCCAAGCACUUGCCCUCCUGAGAUCUAUAUCGUCAUGCUGGAGUGUUGGAAGGGCAAUGCUGAGGAACGACCCACCUUCCUCGCUCUGAGAGAGAAACUCUGCUCGAUUUACAGACGGGCGCACAAUUCGCUCUCCUGAUGGGAACGGCCCUACGCCUCACCCCCGUGAUUAUUUGGGGUUCCAUUUCCCACACCCACCAAGCAUAGCAGCACUGCUGGAGGUAUCCAUUCCAUUGACUAGCC